AUGGUCUUUGAAUCGUCGCGCUUGGCCGCAGGUUUCUUCGGACAGGGUGGACCGAACAGGCUCGUCUUCACUUUGCAGCCCAUCUUCUUCGCUGCCCUCGGGCUCGUGCCAAAGAUCCUUGCACGGGAGAAGCGCCGGGCCGAGGAGGGAGAUGAGGCGGUCCCGCCACCUGCAGUCAGCAUGAAGAAGGUCUUCCAGUUCGUGCACAAGACGAACACAGCGCUCAUGCAGUCCUCACCAGACAUGGCGCUCCAUCUUUGGCUUGCUGCUGCCGUCUCGGCAGACCAAGUUGAGAGAGCCACCGGUGCGCAGGGAGGCUAUGAGCCCAUCGCGUAUGAGUUCCUCACGCAGGCCCUCGUCCUCUUUGAGGAGGAGAUUUCGGACAGUUCCAAGCAAUACAAGGGCAUCCAUAACAUAGUUGGUACCCUGUGCAAAAUCGCGGCCCUGGACCCGGAGAACUUUGAUAACGUCUCACAGAAGAUUACCAGGCACGCGGCGAAGCUGCUGAAAAAGCCAAUGCAGUGCCGGGCAGUGUCCGCUUGCUCUCAGCUCUUCUGGUGCGAUGCCAGACGAGAUGGGAAGAGAGUGCGGGAAUGCUUAGAGAGGUGCGUCAAAACGUGUGAGGCUGUGGUGCAGUCGGACUCCGCGCAGGUUGGUCUAUGGGUGGAGAUGUUCGACAGAUAUAUUUACUACUACGAAGUGCAGUGUGAAGAGGUAGGCAUCACCUUCCUGCAGAGUUUGAUGCAGAUCUGUGUGGAGCACAUUGACUUUGCUCUCAAGGAUGCGCAAGCGGAAGCCGAGGCCAGAAAAGCCAAGGCACACCUAAACUCCACCGUGACGUAUCUGCGGAAGAUGAAGGAAAGUGCAGAUCCAGACCUGGCGGCGCGCUUUGCAGAGCUCAGCCUCAGCUAG